AUGGGUAAUUGCUGCGCAGCUGACACUGUAAACUCCAAUGAUGUCAACAUGGAAAAAGGCUCUAAGAGUGGAGACAUGAUCAACUAAUUGAUGAGUCAGUCAAAUUUCAAGAACAAAAAGGAUUUGAUGAAGGUGAUUGUCAAGCUUCAAUCGUUUUUCAGAGGAAAUUUAGCUAGGAAAAGAGUUCGUUAAUAAUUUGGCUUCACUGCUAAUCCAAUGUUCAGAGGAAUUAUCAACGACGUAGGUGUGCCUAACUAUGAUAAUCCAACAGUGCAAAAUAUUUUGAAGAGAUUAGGAGAUUUUAGCUACGAGCCAAAGCCUAAAUACACAGAUAAAAUAAAAAGAAUUCCUUAGCCUAUGAUGAUUCUAGAGAAUGGAGCAAAGUAUGAGGGAGAAUGGGAUAUCGAUAGAAAUGCAAGAGAUGGCAAGGGAAGGCAAAUAUGGGCAGAUGGAUCGCUGUACGAUGGUUAUUGGAGAAAUGAUAAAGCCAAUGGCAGAGGUAGACUGAUACACGCAGAUGGAGACGUCUACGAAGGAGAGUGGAAGGAUGACAAGGCGCAUGGAUUUGGAAAAGACAUGGCCUGA